UGAGGUGAUUGCAGUAGACUGGAAGGGACUGAAAGAUGUGGACCAAAUCAAUAUGGACAGCACCAGCUCACUGCAUGGCAGCAGCUUCCAUCGUCCUUCUACUGAGCAAACACGGACAGAUUUCUCCUGGGAUGGUAUCAAUGAGUUUGGAGGAAAAGUGUCUAUCAUUUUCAGCUGCAUACAGAAGCAAGGCAAUUUUUACUGUCCCCUGAGGGAAAUGGUCAGAACCAGUUAACUUCAGUAAACAAGCAGAAGAAGAAACAAGCAAACAUUUUAAUAAUAUAUGUUCCCUGUUGCUCUUAAUACCUACACCAUGAAAAAAUGCGUUUUUUUUUUCCCCACUAAUACAAAACCAGCAUCCUGAAAAGGGAAUAAUGUUUAUUAUUGCUACCAAACUGUUCUGCUCUAGAAGAUUAAAAAAGGUGUUCAAAUAAAUUAGCUUUGAUAGUUCGGUACUUUGAAAGGAAGAAUUAGAGGUGCGUUUUUGGUAGUGUAAGCAUUUUCAAAAUCCUGAUGCUUUCAAAACUUUAAAAUGAGUUUUCUGUGAUUUGAGAGCACAUAGGUCACUUAACAUUGAGGGGACUUAGGUUUUUAACCAAUCCUCACCCUACUGACAGCUCAUUCAACUGUGGCUCUUAUGGCUUGGGAUCUUUUGCCUAGGCUCAGCUAGAGAAAAAAUUUCAUGUUUCCUUAAAGGUAAUGGAAGACAAUUUCCAUAUUUGCAAUUUCCCAUUUUUCCAACCCACUCUGAAUCCACGGCACUCUUUCUCCAAGUGCCUCUUUCUUUUCUUCAGUGUAAUUCUGUAUACCUUCUUUGAUGUCAAAGCUAGCUCAUGUGUUUCCUUCUCUUUCUAUGCAUUCUUGCCUUCAUGCUGUUCAGCCUUGGAGUGGUAGAGACCUCCUGCAGAUGCUUUCUGUUCUGAGUCAUUUUCAUGAGGUGGCUCAUAGUGCAGUCCCCAGGCUCUUUUGAAACAAAUGGGCAGAUAGUGAACAGCAGCACCUAGGCAGGAAUGACCAGUGGUGGCAUAGCCUGAUAUUCUUUAACCAGCUUUACCAUCAAAGGAGAUGCAUCAUGGGACAAGGAGUGUGUUCUCUGCUACUCUUUUCAGUUUUUACUGUUCUUCUCCAGCUUUCUGAUAGCUUCAGCUCUUGUAUUACACACAUGCAUUCUUGGCUGCAAGUUACAGGAUGCCUCAAUCACUGCGUUUACACUCACUUUUCAGAGAAACUCACCUCUCUUAGCUUAGCAAUUGGCAGAGAUUAUAUGCAAUUCAUUAUCUUUACAUUACCUUCCUUUGCCUCUAACUACUUUACUGCCUAUUUACUGAACCUCUCAACUUUCCUGAGAUCUGUGCCUAUGACCAAAUAGUUGCUUUAUGUCAGGAUUUAAAAUUUCCCCUGGUAUGGUCACUACUUUUGAAUACAUUUGUGUUUGGAUGCCCAGUAUGAACAUGGUGGACUUGAAAUGAAGAGCAGAAGCAAUGCUUGUUUAGCCCUUACAAAAAUGUAGUCUCAAAUGCAAUGCCCAGUGUCAUUGGCAGAGACUAUUGAAUUCAUCUUGAGAGAUUGUGUUCUAUGAUGUUUUGACUGCUGCCUGUACUUGUUAUUCAGGGUCUGAGGAUGAACUCAGAGAGGAGAGUAAAGGGAAUUUUGUGGAAGUGUAGAUCUCAUUUCCUUACUGGCAUGAAUGAAGGAGAAUGCGCUAAUAAAUUCACGUUCAUUUUAAGACUAUAUAAGAUACCAGAGGAAGUAAAUACUAAAACCAAUGUAUAAAAUAAUAUCUGUAAUGUGAUGCAUAUUUGUGUGUUUUGUUUAUCACAUUGCCAGCUCUCCAUUGUAAGCUUCCUGAAUUGUCCAUCAGCCAUGCAUUGCCUUUCAGACAAAGAGCUGGAACAAGGCAGCAUGUCCAUGGAGGAUUGGAAGCAGCCAAAGGGAGGUUUCUCACAGCCUGAUUCUGCCUCUGCAACAGACCGUAUCUUACUCAGUACCACAGUUGUACAAUAUCUAAUAUUAGUAAAAUAGCCUCUAAUUUUUCCAUCCUCUCUUUUGUUGUCUUUUUAUUGCUUGCUUCUGCUCUUCAUCUUCCCCAUACCUUCUGAAAUUGUUAAACUGAUUUCCUUUCAGUUUCUUUUCACUUUCCUGUAUAUCAUUUCCUCAUAUUCUCUCUUUUCAGCUCUCCAUGGAAGAUACAACCUCCAUCCUCCCCAAGUUGAAACGUAACUCCAAUGCUUAUGGGAUUGGGGCUUUGGCUAAAUCAUCUUUCUCUGGGAUAUCCCGCAGCAUGAAGGACCAUGUCACAAAGCCAACGGCUAUGGGCCAAGGCCGUGUGGCUCACAUGAUUGAAUGGCAAGGCUGGGGUAAAGGUAACAGCCAGCAACAGCAGCAUACGCACGAGACAGCACGCAAAGAUGCUGAUGCCUACUCAGACCUGAGUGACGGUGAAAAGGAGGCCCGGUUCCUUGCAGGAGUGAUGGAGCAAUUUGCUAUAUCGGAGGCGACUCUCAUGGCCUGGUCCUCCAUGGAUGGUGAGGAUGUGAGUGUAAACUCAAAUCAGGAGAAUCCAGCAGGCAACUACUCUGAGAAUUAUCAGGAGCUAAUGGAGAGCCAAGAGCACAUGGCCCAGACGCAGUAUGAUAGCUGGCCUCAUUCCUAUGUCUCACAGGGCAUGUAUUGCUUAGGUUCAUCUGAUGCCUGGGAGACCAGUGAUCAAUCCCUCAUCGCUUCCCCAGCAACUGGCUCUUACUUAGGCCAGAAUUUUGAUGAGUCCCAGACAAACCUUCAGGAAAGUAUUUUGAUUCAGAGCAGCCUUCUCCAGCAGCAACAGCUGCAGCAACAGCAGCAGGAGCAAAACUUCAUCCAGAGCACGGGGUUGGUCCAUGUGUGGCCCCUGCAGACUGCACAGUGUGGGAGUGGGGCUGAAUCCAGCACUUACAUGGAGGACCACCUUCAGGAUAAUGGGAACCCACGACUGGAGAAGGCUCCUCUCCUAAACAAGAAGCCCUCUCCAGAGGAGGAUGAUGUAGUAUGCCGGGACCUGGAAUCACUGUCUCCUCGAGAGGAGCUGGAACAUGCUGCGCUGAGCCGCAAAGUCUCAGAUGUUACCUCUUCUGGGGUGCAGUCUUUUGAUGAGGAAGAGGGAGAAACAAACAACUGAUGCUUUUUGUGAAAUUCUCAUCACUGCUGAACGACGAGUGGGGUGGCAAGGAAUGAAAUGACAGGGAUUGUUCUCUCCAGCUCCGCAUACUUCCAAGCAGACACACUUUCCGUUUCUGACAUUUAAUUAUUUUUUUAAACAAGAGGAAAAUCUCAAAGUGAUUGACACACAAAGACCUCUUCUUUCCCUCUGCCAUGGACACAUAUUAUCAAUUUUCAUUGCUCUGGGCAAUGCACGUGAGGUGCUUGGAGAGAUCUGGAUUGGUAAAUCAUGUCUAAAUCUUUUAAACACAAAGUCUUGGCUCUGGAUACAAACUCUUCUGGUAUGGGAAUGUGGCUGAUGAGAUAGGCUUGAUAUAGGGAGUGGCUUUGUGGCUAGAAUCCAUCCUGGCAGAAUGGAUGUUGCUUUGUGGACAUGAUGCUCUUUGAUAGAGUUUAUGAAUAUAGACUGUUUUAAAAUGAAGAUAUGGCUUUACAAAUAUAGAUUGCACUAGUAUAGUGAUUGUGGCUGCUACAGAGAAUAAGGCUGUAUUCAAUACAGACUGUACUGAGAUGAAGGAUUCACUGUGUAACCAGAUCCUCAAUAGCACCUUGAUAUGAAAUUGUAGGCUCAAUGGAUACAGACUGCGCUCCGUGGGCACGGGCUGUGCUGCAGUACAGAUGGUCUGGCUCUGUGGGCAUGGCUCUACUGUGGCAUGGAAGAAUGAGUGCAGAUAUGUAUCUAACCCUGCUCUGAGAUACUCAUGCUUUGGUUUCUUUCUAGUCUUUUAUUUAUUUGUUUCUCCCCUUGACAUUUCUAUCUUCCCAGGAGCUGGCAGGAGUGCUGUGUCCUUUUGGCAUUGGGCACUGAAUGCCAGUAGAAAGGACGUUGUCAGCUACCGAGUCAGUCAUAAAAAGCUGACUCUUGUAGGGGACUUGAGAACAUGUCCAUCUUGGUGCUGCUGCAGCAUCCUUAUGUCUUUCCUUUGCCAGCAGCAUUGGCAGACCAAGAGAGUCUGCAGAUCCAGGAAUAGCAUGUACAGCUAUGAGAUCACAGAUUUCCAGUUUACACUGGAAUUUUCAGUUGUUGCUUUUUUUAAAAAACUUUUUAUAUUGCUGUUUAAGUGUUCCUAAAAAAGCAGUUAGUAGUGGUGAAGGCCUGUACUCCCGUUGUUACCUAUUAGAAAUACUGCACCUUUCCCAUUUCUGCUGCUCCUUCUGCAGUGCCAAAUGUAGACAGAGGAAAGGGGCUAGAGACGAAGUUUCUUCCUGUUUCUUUCUUCUCCUUGCUUAUAUUUUUUUCUUUUGUUUUCCUACCCCAGACAAUGUAAAUAACGAUCAGUGCUUGAUCUGUUUCUUUUUCCAUCUCCACUCUUUUUUUAGAAGUUUUUUGUAUUUGUAUGGGUUCUCACUAUGUUUCUCACUAUGUUUCUACGGACCUCCUUUUGAAGGGGAAGGACUUCGUAAGAUAAUUGAAAAACUGUCUCCUCUUAAGCUUUCACCAGGAAACAAAUGGGAGCAGAAACAGAAGAAAAAAAUUGUACAAGGCUAUUGAUUUUGCUAGAGGGCUGAACAGAACAGUAGAAAUUACAUGCGUUGAGUUUUAAUUGCAAUAUCUCUAGGAACGAAGCAUCAGCAAAGCAUGGGUUUAGAUCGGAUGCUAGAUCUGAUGAGCUAGAGGAAGGAAUUUGCCUGGACACUGCCGUACUGUCCCAGGGGCAUCUCUUUCCCACUUUCUCUGACUCAUACCUACUCUGUUCAAUUCAUCAAGUGUUUGUCUCUUCUUUGCCUCCUCUUCAGGCUUGUAUUUUUUGGAUUACAGGAGAAUGAUAUGUGCUCACUUCCUGAUUCAGCUUUAGACUCAUCAAGAAUGUCUAAGGAGAGUGAAAUGUGACCAAAAUAGCAUCAUCAAACGUCAGAGUUCAGACAGCUCCUGGCAAGCAAAGUAAACUAUGUCCAGGAAUUAUGGAAAGUACAAAUGGGACUCUCAGGUAAAACUUUAUCCCGCUCAGCUUUCUCUCACGUUGGCAGCUGUAUGAAGAGGGAACUCCUCUAUGAACUCCCAGGUCUUUCCAGCCCUGUCCAUUUCAAGAGGAUCUGUCUUCCCUCUCCAUUGUUCCUCUAAAGGAAAAGACCUCUGAGAUUUUUAAGUAAGAUUGAUAAUUUGGUGUAGGUAAGAGAUAAAAACUUUUGUGGCCAUUUUUUUUAGUCAGUUAUCUUGGGCUUUCUUAAAUCUGUCUUUAGGAGGUAGCUCUUCUCCUGAAUGAUGGACUUCACUUUCUCUGUGCAGAUGUUUACACAUUCAAGUGCUAAAUUCCCCUGGGCAGCAGCACUUGUUGAAGAUGAUUUACAGUUCUUUCAGGGUCAGUGCUAGCUCAUUUUCCUGAACUGGCUUUGAUCUAGUCAUGGAUCAGGGCCUAGGAAAUCAAACUAAUUAGAGCAGGGGACAGGGUAAGUGCCAAAGGCACCUCAGCAGAAGACAAAUGAACAAGUGUUAACCUUUUGUUAUUUCUUUUUUAAAAAAACCUUCAGGGAAACAGAAUGGUCUGGUAUGUUUCUUUGUGGGAGAAGAUUUGGGUGGUUUGUUGCUUUUUUCUCAUAUGGCUCUCCAGGACAUAUCUGGAUGAUCGCAGUGUUUCAAAGAAGCUUCAAAUUUUUAUGUUAUCUGUGUGCCUGAGACAAGUGGGCCAUCUUGUCCAUGUUUUUUUUUUCUUUUUUUUAUGAUGUGGACAUUUAAUAAGGCAUAUAAUCAAUGUCUAAAAUAUGUACGUUUUCUGCACGCAAGGGAAAUAUCUACGUAGGAAAAAGUGUGGAAAAAACAAAAACUGAACUUACAGAAAAUUCUAUGGAUUUCAAUAGCAAAGGAAAACCUAUCUGUAGAGUUUUCUAGCCUAUGUGAAAUGGGAUAGAGAAUCAAAUGCUGCUAUAUAAUUUCAUAACCUGAUCUCUAGAAACCUACAGAUAGACUCAUUCUCUGUGGAAUCUAAUGAGUAUGAAGAGUACUCUCUGAAAACUUAAAAGCUUACUAAAUUCUAUAAAAUUUUUUUCAUAAAGGUUGUGACUUUCUGUAAAUAAAAUUUCAGCCUAUUUCUGAGAGAAGAAAAAGGCUGUUUUUUACAACCUCUCCACAAUCCAAGAGAUAAAUGUAUUUGCCUCUCCAGUUGAAGGGAACUUGACUGGAGAUAGCAGGCCCACCCAUAAUCACUUGCUACUUGAGUGAGCUUCCAGAACUGAACUGGAAAGGUGAUUUGAACAUAAGUGGAAAUGGUUUGUAUAACCUGGCCUUUUCUUAUGUAACAGGCCUGCUGCUUCUGUAUCCACUAUGAGAGAGAGGCGCCUGGAACCUAAAGUACAUUUUCCAGAAAAGCCAUCAUUAUAUAGUUACACCUAUUGAAGCAUAUGGAAGGCACAGGUGCUUGGUGAGCAAAAUUUGGCCUGCAGUUCUUUAUCCUGGUGAGGGUGGAUGCACUGUAGAAUGUCCAGCCAAAUACUCAGAGUGCAAAUUGAACAGUGAGGCUGAAAAUAAUAAGGAAACGUAAGCUCACUAUGCCUGAUCUAUAGUUAGAGUUGCUUAUUUUUGAUCAAUUGUGCUACUUGAUUUAAACCCAGAAAAUGGAAUGGAGGAGAAAUAAGAACCUCAGAUUGGCAAAAUCUUGGCAGAUUUGUUAUAUUAAGAUUUGGAACAAGCGCUGGAACCAGCACCUUUGGGCUGCCCUAAUAACGCAUGAGAAAUGACUACCUCAGAACAAACUAAACAUAGGAGAUGAGCAUGUUUCAUCUCUAAGGCAUAGUUUCUAGCUCACUUACAUGUUGAGGGGGGCGUAGGGAAUUGCUAAAUGGUACGUGAAUAUUGUAUCAGGCCUUGAUCAAAGAAAGCGCCUAGGAAAGCGAGGCACCUUAGAACCACUAAAUCAUUGGUUUGGGCCUCUACCUUUCUAGCGGCUGUUAAUCUUCCCUUUGUGACCAUUGAUAUAAUCUGAUGAAUGUCAGAUUAUUGUUUAAUUGUUCCCCUUGCUUUUUUUCAGUGAUGGCAUCAGAAAUGAUGUAAUGCUAGUGCUUCUAUUCCUGUUGUUAUAUGACAUAGAGGGAGGGCAGAUCUUAGUUACUUUACCUACGAUCCAGUGGAGUCCCCCAUGUUUGGGGAGCACUGGUCUGCACCCAUCCAAUUCAGUCAUGUGAGAUCUACAGACCCUGCUGUGUUUCACAGGGUGAGUUCCUUCCGUUCAGGGCCCUGGGAUUACAGUGCCUCAAUCAUUUUGCUUGUUUUGUCGAAACCUUAAAGUCAAGAACCAUACAAGAGAAGCUUACAUAAUUUUUUCUUUAUAAACACAUUUUAAGCUUUUUUCACAAGCCUUUUGAGUUUUCUUCAACCCCAUUACCUCACUCUCUGGGAUGGAGAAGUCAAUCUGCUUCUUCAGUUUCUGUGCUUCUAAAUCAGCAACUUCUUCUGGGAAACCGCUGACAAGUCACCCACUUCCCUUUUUUCUCUUACCCCUUUAAGACUUUAACAUCAUCUUUCAUGAUAAGCUUGAAGCAGAGAACAGAGUUUAACCAUAUCUCUAAGAUGAUAAAAUGGUGAGAUGCUGUGAAGGAAGCAGCCCUGUGCCCUAAUUGUAUUCAUCUCCCACAACCCUUGUACAGAUACUGAUACACAGCUGACCCCACAGCAAACCUUUAUACCCUACUACAAAAGGGAAGAGGGAACAGCUGUGAGCAGAUGGAGAAUGAGCAUUAUUCUCAGCAUCUGGCAUUUAUAUCAGGUUAGGUAAACUUUGAAAGUCUGUUAUGAAAUUGUAUCUAUCUCCAUUACAAGUCUAAGCUGCCAAAAGAAGAUGUCAUGCUUCCUGCCUUUCCUCUCCAACAACUGUAUGCUUCUGCUGCCUAAGAAGCACCAGUAUUAACAUUCAUUUGGCUGCUCAGGAACUGGCACCAUUGAAAAUGAACUCAGUUCCCUAUCAAAAUAAGAGUUUCAGCAACUUUUAUUGUUUCACUUGGAGAGCCAAGUGUCGAUGAGGUCCUGUGAAAUGUGCAGAUAGUCAUGUUAUUUCUCUGAUUGCAGAUGCAACUCAUUGUGACAUUUCUAUCCAAUUAGAAUAAACUUACUUGGUGUGUGAGGGAGGAUAUACUUUUCCGUCAUCUUUGUAAAACAGUUAACAAUAUGCUUAAUUCGCCAGUGGAAUUAUAUAAGAAAUAUUCCAAAUAUUAAAUUUCUGUUUUCCAAAUGAAGUUAAUGUGAAUUCUGUCUCUAGUGCGAAAGCAAAAUAUCUAAAUUUAGCUCAGUUUGCCUUUACUGUUGCAUUGGUAAUUGCCUAGAAAGAGAAACAAACUAAAAUAAAUACACUUUUAAGGAUUGUGGAGAGCAGGGCAAGAUUUUUAGUUGUUUGUAACUUUAAUCUGUGCCACAUCAAUCUGUUCAGUUUACCAAAGUCCCUACUGUCUUGCAGUCUAAAACUCUUCCAUUUAUUUUUUUCUGGAUGGAAUAUCCCUUGUUCCUUGUUCAGGCAACUCUAAACAAAUCGCCAUUUCCCUUAAACUAAUUGUUUGACUUUUUUUUCAACAGAAGAAGGAAAAAAAGGAAAUAGAAAUGAAACCCAUUCCAGUACUGAGAUUAUCAGCAGCUGGUGCCCCUAAAACCAGAAAAAUAGAAGUAACAGAUUCAUUGUGAGUUUGAUUCCCCUCCCCUGUAGUAAUCUCACAGAGAAAGAUUGCUAUGCCAUGGCUCAGGGAAAGGAAAAAAUAACAGGGAACAUGUUAGUAAAGUAGUGCCUAUUAGAACUAAACGUAUGUGUAGCACAGCCUACAGUCAUUAAAGCACAGUCUCAAAUAUGAAUGCAGGCUGCAAAGUCGACAUCAGGUGUCUCUUCUGUAUUACAGUUGUUUUGCAGACUAAAUAGUAGUGAAUCUGCACAGGAACAGAAGAGUGGAACUUGACAUCUGUGUCAGAGCAAUGUCUUUCUUCAUCUCAGAAUGCAUCUAGAAGCCUGAGCAAGAAUUAACUGGGGCGGGAAAGAGGACAAAUAGUUAUUAUGUUAAGAAAUGGACAUAGGAGACUUGCAUUACAACAUUAGAGUCUAUUUACUUUUUCCCCCAACAUAGGGAAAAAAAUGGUAUCUUCUCUUUGGUAAUCAAGAGAAGUUCUAUAAAUGUCAGUGUUGGUCUGCUCAUAUGUAAUAUGGACCAAGAGAAAAAGGUGGUGGAUUGUUUUUUUUUUUGUUGUUUGUUUGUUUUUUUGGUUUUUUUUUUGGUCAGUGCAGAUACACAAUGCUGGAAUUGGAAAAAAUGUGUCAGUCCAAGACUGUGAGAAAGAGUAUGUUUACUAAAACUGUGGAGAAUUGUUUCUUAAAGUUAUGAAAACUUGUUCAAGUAAGAAGGCUCUCAGUGCAGAUAUCAAGGGACUUAUGUACUGAUGGGUGGUAGCUGCUGUCUUCUAGGAAGAGAGGAGUUGCAGUGUUCUGUAAAAAGAAUGUUAUCUGCUUUUAUUGGGGAUGUUUUGCAUGUGCUAGUCUUGUUUCUGCUUUUCCCUAAGGGAGCAAAUGUCCGUGCUAGUCAGACAAAAACAUCUAAAAUGGAUUUUCUCCAUGAUGGAAACAAGAAUUUGUGAACCAAGAUUUACUUGUAAUGGGAUAAAAUCAUCUAGUACAGAUUUACUAGUGUUCUGGAUUCAUUUUCAUUAGGCAUGGAACUCCAGUCAUAUGUUGGAAGUGAAAAGGUUAGGAACCCUUUUCUAAAGCUCUGCUGAGCUGCCAUGGCGCAAAUGCAGGUGGACUUCACUUCUUUUCAGAUAUUGCAUGUGAGCCAAAAGCCAAAAGCUCUUUUGCAGGUAUAUAUUCUUGUUUGGCAUCAGUUUCUCUUUUCUGGUUUGUGGAUGUUGUGCAUGAUUGGAGGUGUCUGGGAAUCCCUGGACUAUAAAGUAGGAACUCAGAAGAAAUUUCACAGGGAACAGAAUUUACCUUGUUUCAGCUCUUUUCAUAUAUAGGAGAGUCCAGACUGAGGAUCCGGGAGGUGCAAGGGUGGCUGAUGGGAUUCUUGGGGUGGCAUAGGGAAUGGAUUCCUGGAGCAUGUUUAAAAGUAAGUGAAGGUUUGGGGCUCCAAAUAUUGCAUUCUUAGUUUCUGAAACUGCUUUAUCAUGACUGUAUGGGACAAUGGAAGUUGCAGCAAAGCAAUUUGAAGACCUUUCCUCCAAUCUGUACACAUUUUCUGUAGGGGGAGGCUGCAUGGUGAUUAUUUGUAUUCUUUCAAACUAUUGUUUACAGAGGUGCAUUUAUGUUUGGUGGGAACAUACUGAAUGGAAGGAAAACGAAAAGAGGAAGAGAUCCACUAUUGUAAGCUUUCAUCCCUACCUAGCCCUUAAUGAUGAUUUGCCUUUGGUCUUCCAGCUCCAAAACAUGUUUGCCUGAAAAGUUUUGUUGAAUAUACUUCGCAUGUUUUGAUAAUGUGACUUAUGAGAUAACACUUCUGCAAAGAUAUAUAUGUAAAUACAUACAUAUACAAACACAUACAUACACAUACAUACAUGUACACACACUACAUAUAGACUUAGGAAACUGUAUGGCAUUAUACACCUCCAUGCCUGUAUGUGGCAGCAACCACAUGGGGGGGUAGCUCAAAAUAGCAUGUACAGUCCUUUAUGGAGUUGUUAUUAAACAGAAUGUGGUCUUGCCA